ACAGCAGCUGUGCACCAUUCUUGGACACAAAGUCCUCAGGAGUCACGAGGUUAGCGCAGGAUCUGUUUUUUCAUGCCUGGUUUUGCUGACUACAGAGUUACUUAGUCAACGAUAAUAAUCAGAAUAAAAGUCCUCUCCUAAAGUUAGAGUAGUUUUAUGUUAAUCUAUGGCAAGGAAAAGCAAGUCAAAUCUGCCAGAAUUGUAUCUAGAAGAAAACAAAGAUCAGAUAUAUGAAAAUGCCCUUGCUGAGAUCCAGUCCUUUGAGCUGCCUCUUGGAACCACCCUAAGGUCUGUAUAUGAUGACCAACCAAACGCACAUCAGAGGUUUAUGGAAAAACUAGAUGCCUGCAUACGUAACCAUGACAGGGAGAUAGAAAAGAUGUGCAAUUUUCACCAUCAGGGCUUUGUGGAUGCUAUUACAGAACUUCUUAAAGUUAGGGCUGAUGCAGAAAAAUUGAAGGUCCAAGUUACUGAUACCAACCGAAGGCUUCAGGAUGCUGGGAAAGAGGUCAUAGCCCAAACAGAGGAAAUCAUUCGAUGUAGAGUUCAGCAACGGAAUAUUACAACAGUUGUGGAAAAACUACAGUUGUGUCUUCCAGUGCUGGAAAUGUACAGCAAACUGAAAGAACAGAUGAAUGUAAAAAGAUACUAUUCUGCUUUAAAAACAAUGGAACAGCUAGAAAAUCUAUAUCUUCCUAGAGUUAGCCAAUACCGUUUUUGCCAGAUAAUGAUAGAAAAUCUUCCAAAACUGCGUGAAGAAAUAAAAGAAAUAUCCAUGUCAGAUCUCAAGGAUUUCUUAGAGAGUAUUCGAAAGCAUUCUGACAGAAUUGGGGAAACUGCCAUGAAGCAGGCACAGCAGCAGAAAACCUUCAGUACCGCUCUUCAGAAGCAGAAUAAUGUAAACUAUGGUCGGAAUAUGCAUUUAGGUAGAAGCAGAAUUUUGGAAUCCAAGAACGAAAUUACAUUGAAGCGAACGUUUGAAGAAGAUGAUGAACAUGAAGAAGAGGUUUUAACUGCUCAAGAUCUUGUAGACUUUUCUCCAGUCUAUAGGUGUUUGCACAUCUACUCAGUUUUGGGUGAUGGAGAAAUAUUUGAAAAUUACUACAGAAAACAAAGAAGGAAACAAGCAAGAUUAGUUCUGCAGCCGCAGUCAAGCAUGCAUGAAACAGUAGAAGGCUAUAGAAGAUACUUCAGUCAAAUUGUAGGUUUCUUUGUAGUAGAAGACCACAUUUUACAUGUAACCCAAGGACUGGUAACUAGAACAUAUACCGAUGAACUCUGGAACAUGGCCCUUUCCAAGAUCAUUGCUGUUCUAAGAACACAUUCAUCAUAUUGCAGUGAUCCCGACCUUGUUCUGGAACUGAAGAAUCUCAUUGUAGUAUUUGCUGAUACUUUGCAGGGCUAUGGUUUUCCUGUGAACCGACUAUUUGAUCUUUUAUUUGAGAUAAGAGACCAGUACAAUGAAACACUUCUUAAAAAGUGGUCUGGACUGUUCAGGGAUAUUUUUGAAGCGGACAACUACAGCCCUAUUCCUGUAGCAAAUGAAGAGGAAUACAAAAUAGUUAUAAGCAAAUUUCCUUUUCAAGAUCCAGAACUUGAUAAGCAAUCCUUUCCAAAGAAGCUUCCAAUGUCUCAGUCAGUGCCUCAGAUUUAUAUCCAGGUUAAGGAAUUUAUUUAUGCAAGCCUUAAGUUUUCAGAGUCACUUCACCGCAGCUCAACAGAAAUAGUUGAUAUGCUCAGAAAAUCUACAAAUUUGCUGCUUACAAGAACUCUAAGUAGUUGUUUACAGAACCUAAUUAAAAAACCUCAUAUAGGUUUAACCGAGCUUGUUCAAAUCAUCAUAAACACAACACACCUGGAACAAGCCUGUAAAUACCUUGAGGAUUUUAUAUCUAACAUUACAAAUAUUUCACAAGUGACUGUUCACACUGCAAGACUUUAUGGACUUUCUACAUUUAAGGAUGCAAGGCAUGCUGCAGAAGGAGAAAUAUACACAAAACUUAACCAAAAAAUAGAUGAAUUUAUUCAGAUUGCUGAUUAUGAUUGGACAAUGUCUGAAUCAGAUGGAAGAGCCAGUGGAUACUUAAUGGACCUUAUUAACUUUUUAAGAAGCACGUUUCAAGUUUUUACUCAUUUACCUGGGAAAGUGGCCCAGACAGCUUGCAUGUCAGCCUGCCAGCAUCUUUCAACGUCCCUAAUGCAGAUGCUACUGGACAGUGAAUUAAAACAAAUAAGCAUGGGAGCAAUUCAGCAGUUUAAUUUAGAUGUGAUACAGUGUGAAUUGUUUGCUAGUUCUGAGCCUGUGCCAGGAUUCCAGGGAGACACCCUGCAGUUAGCUUUCAUCGACCUCAGACAACUUCUCUGAAAAAGCAGAGGAGCAUGUUACAUCUGUAACAUGAAGCCCAGCCUCAGGGUGCUAUGUAAUGGGAUUUGUGCUUCUCUAGUUUUCAGUGCAAUGCUGCUUAUUCAGCUAAAGAAAGGAGCUCAGAUUUCAGACAGCAAUGAAACAGGAGUUGCACCUCUCUGGAUUUCAGACCAUCCUCACUUUGCUGGGAGAGGAAGGCAGCGCUCUUGCUGGCCUCCCCCUUCUCCAUAAAUGCUGCACUAAAGCAGAAGGAGGGCUUGAGGCACACUGAGCAGAACAGCAACACUUCAAGGCUCAAUAUCUCAUGUAUUUGCAUCAUACAGGGAUAGCGUGCAUAUGCAUACCUGUGUUCAAAAUGACAGUUGAGUAUGACUGCAUGCUAAAUGUGUGUUAUCUGGCUUGCAGGGGACGCACAAUGUCUUUCCAGAGUACUAUAUUCUUACAAGUAAAUGGGAAUUCUUCACACAAACAUGACAAUUUGUUUGUAAGCGCUUAUAUUCCCCAAUCUCUUACUUUUCUCUGUUUCAACUAGAUUCUGUGAAACCUGUAGGUAAUCGCAGUAGGCUCAGACCACAAGUUGUGUGUAUAGAUAUUUGUGAGGAAGAUCUCAAUCAGUGCUCUGUACACAGAAACAAGCCAGCUCAUUACUGGGAUGGGAUUUAUACCUGCCAGCUGGUAAGAAUUAGGAAGCUUUGGAAACAAAUGCACAGAAAUUAGCAGUGGGGGUAAAAAACAAGCAUGGCUUUGGAUACACUAUCUUGAUAAGGAUUUGCAGAAUCAAAGCAGGAUGGCAAGUCAGUCAUUUACUGGCAGUAGGUACUCCUACCCUGUUACUGCCAGGAACUAAGCACACAUGCCAGGUAUUAGGUGUAUGUGUGUUCUUUGGGACAUUAAAACAGUCAUCAAAUUCAGUGCAAAACAGAUUGUAUCCAGCUCGACAUCUGAGUGCCCCUUUUUCAGCAGAGAAGUGCAAAUAACAUGCUGAUAGCGUACCAAGUUUUCUCUAGAUCCUGGCUUACUGACAAUGAGGCAACAUACCUGAAAACAGGUUUUAAAAACUCAGUGUACAAAUGCUGUUACUUCACUUCAGUAGCCCUAUCAAUACCUUACUUAACUAAAAUGAUACACCUAUUGCCAUUUAACUUACAAGAUACACUACUCCAUCUAUGGCAGAAACUGUACCAGUUUCUCCAGAGGAAAGUAUAGUAGAUUGCGCACAAAAGACUAUGUGGUGAAAGGUAUAAUGCUUAAACUGAAUGUCAUCUCCUAACUGACAGUAAAGAAUGCUGUAGGUACCUAAACCAUGGAAGUUAUCAAAAAUAAGAAAAUAAUUUUCUUGUUGUUUCUUUAAGCUAGUUCAUUUAAGGGAUACAAUUCUCUUAGUUCUCCACUUACCGAACCAGAUAUACACAAGAAUUAGAUGAGCUGACAAGAAAUCUGUACUGUGUAUUUAGAAAAUUACAGAACUUGUGAAGCACUGGCUCAGCUUGACUUAGAGACCUGCAGAUAACAGCCUUUGCAUAAGAACGUAAGCCUUAGUUGAACAAGAGCGGGGUUUUGUUGUUGUUAGGUGAGUUUGUAAUUUUUGGAACUGAGACAAGAAAUGGCAUUUAUUGAUCUCAUUUGUCACAUGCAGGUGAAACACUUGACUUCUUAGAGCAGUGCAGGGGAGUUCCAGCUUCUAAAUAGUACCAUCGCAGAAAUUACUUAAAGUUUCACUGGAGAGG